AUGCAGCAGCAGCGAAGCAGAUGCAUGACGGCAGCAGUGCGGCGAGAUAAUGUCCGAGUUCCCGUGCGUGCCGACCUGAUCCCUCCAGUGUUGUCGCUGCGGAACACUCAGGAGGAAGAGCCCCCGGACCCACAGUUGAUGCGCCUGGACAACAUGUUGAUCGCUGAGGGUGUGGCGGGCCCCGAGAAGGGCGGAGGGGCGGGAGCCGCAGCAAACGCCUCGGCUGCAGCAGGUGCCGGAGAUAACGCCAUCGAGCAUUCAGAUUACCGCGCUAAGCUCUCCCAGAUCAGACAGAUAUACCACCAAGAGCUCGAGAAAUACGAACAGGCGUGUAACGAGUUCACGACCCACGUGAUGAACUUGCUCCGGGAACAGUCUCGCACCCGCCCCAUCACCCCCAAGGAGAUCGAGCGCAUGGUGCAGAUCAUCCACAAGAAGUUCUCGUCCAUACAGAUGCAGCUCAAGCAGUCCACCUGCGAGGCCGUCAUGAUCCUGCGCUCGCGGUUCCUCGACGCCAGGCGCAAAAGACGCAACUUUUCCAAACAAGCUACAGAGAUUUUGAACGAGUACUUUUACUCGCACCUAAGUAACCCCUACCCUAGUGAAGAGGCCAAGGAGGAAUUGGCCCGGAAGUCCAAUAUAACAGUGGCUCAGGUCUCCAACUGGUUCGGCAACAAGCGCAUCAGGUAUAAGAAAAACAUCGGCAAGGCUCAGGAGGAAGCUAACCUCUACGCUGCUAAGAAAGCUGCAGUAACUUGGACGGCAGAAAUUAAGUCCACGCUGCAGUCGCACGGCAUCUUCUGGGAGGCAUCAUUAAGACGAAUUUUCCUGUAUUCACAUUUGAGAAAUGGCCUCUAA